UGCUGCUGGACGGUUCGUCCCUGGAGUAAAAGGAUGUUCCUUAAUCCUUUCCGACCCCCUGGCCCCCCAUGAUACUAUCAGAUACCUCCUCGGUGCUCGGGAUCCUUCCCCACAAGCUGCUUUUAUUUCUGUGUCCUUCCUCUGCUCUCAAGGCAAGAGAAACUACCAUGAGCCGAAGCAUUCCCGUGGAGGUUGAUGAAUCAGAGCCGUACCCAAGUUCGUUACUGAACCCCAUCCCAGAGUAUUCCCUGCAAGAGGGAUCAGAACCCCUUGAUCCCAACGUGAGGCACAUGGCACCCAACGGCUCGUCUGCACCCCAAACCCCUCCCCGUUCCUCCGAAGACUUUUCUCAGGAUCCCCCUCUCCUGCAGCUGGCAAACCACCGGCGGCCCGUGUCCCGGCACAUGGCCUGCCUGCGCACCAAAGUCCUGGAGGAGAGCGAGGACAGCUUCUGGAGGAGACACGCGGACCCGGGCGGAGACCUGCGCUCGGACCCCUCCGCGGCCGGUGAAGCUGUGGUUGGUGCCGUCUCUCCAGAGCACCACCGGUUUUCGUUUAGGGAAAAGCGAAAUCAAUGGCUGGGAUCUGCGCUCUCAGCAGCUUCUCCCGACACUGGCCACGGCUCAGGCAAGUCGGACCGACAUUCACCCAAUGCCUCAGCAGACUCCUCAGGCAGCAGCCAAGAGAUGGUGCAGCGGCCCCGGCCCCACAGGCACCGAGCGGCCCCAGACCUGCCCACCAUAGACACGGGGUACAAUUCCCAGCCCCAGGACGUCCUGGGCAUCAGGCAGCUGGAGAGGCCCCUGCCCCUCACUUCCAUGUGCGACCCCCGGGACCUCCCCGGGCCUCUCCGGUCCAGGGAGUACCGUCCGUGUGAACCUCAGAGGCACCCGGCCUGUGCGCAGAUGCUGCCUCCCCACCUUUCCCCGCGUGCUCCGUGGAACCAUCAGCACCAGCGCCCGGGAGGGCCCGUUCACCAGGUGCCAUAUGGCCAGGACUAUCCUCGAGUAGCCUACCAUCAAGUGAUCCAACCGGCUCUACCUGGGCAGCCCCUGCAUGGAGGCCCCCACCCUGUGCAGAAGAUCAUCCUGAACUAUCCCAGCCCCUGGGACCAAGAAGAGGGGCCUGCACAAAGAGAUGCGUCCUCCCCAGGGCCCCUGAGAUAUCAGGACCAGCCUUAUAACCAGCCACCGAAACGAGCUGGAGCUGCUGAGGAGUCUUUGGAGUGUCCUGCCGAGUUGAGACCCCAGGGUCCCCAGGCUCCGUCUCCAGCUGCUGUCCCUAGACCCCCUAGUAAUCCUCCAGCCAGAGGAACUCUGAAAAUAAGCAAUUUACCCGAAGAAUUACGGAAAGUGUUUAUCACUUAUUCUGUGGACUCGGCCAUGGAGGUGGUGAAAUUCGUGAACUUUCUGCUGGUCAAUGGCUUCCAAACUGCAAUUGACAUUUUUGAGGACAGAAUCCGCGGCAUUGAUAUCAUAAAGUGGAUGGAACGCUACCUUAGAGAUAAGACAGUGAUGAUAAUCGUAGCAAUCAGCCCCAAAUACAAACAGGAUGUGGAAGGCGCCGAGUCGCAGCUGGACGAGGAUGAGCACGGCUUACAUACUAAGUACAUCCACCGCAUGAUGCAGAUCGAGUUCAUAAAACAAGGAAGUAUGAAUUUCAGAUUCAUCCCUGUGCUCUUCCCAAAUGCUAAGAAGGAGCAUGUGCCCACCUGGCUACAGAACACUCACGUCUACAGCUGGCCCAAGAAUAAGAAAAACAUCCUGCUGCGGCUGCUCAGAGAGGAAGAGUACGUGGCUCCCCCGAGGGGGCCUCUGCCCACGCUGCAGGUGGUACCCUUGUGACACCCCAGCCCAGGCUCCCCGGGGCCAGGCCACAUCUGGACGUGGUUCUGGCUGGCACUCUUCUAGCUGAGGCCGGCUGGCAGCAUUCACAGCUGUUUGUUUUCAGUCCCUUCCCCAGGGGCUCUCCGACCUCAGAAAACCUGUUCUGCAGCCUAUUCUUCCCCCUGAAACCCCUACAGACCCUGUCUUUGGAAUGGAAGGAGGCUGGCUGCUCUGCACUCCCUGCUUCUUCUCCCCACUGCCUGUUCCUCCGAACAGUCUGACUUGUCCCUUCUGGGCCUCUCACUGCUUAGCAAGGAGAUCAUAGAAGUGACCACAAGCAAAUGACCACAGACACCCUCCCAUUGCUUAUGGCUACUUUUAUGGGUAAGCCAGAUGGUUGUGUGGCCUCGGACCAAAAGAAUUCAUGUACAAAUAAUAAAGCGUUUACUCUUUUGUAA